AGCUGUAGGACCCCGCCUGGUUGCAGACGGAGAGAAAGAGAGAAAGGCAGAUAUCGGUUCAACGCCUGUCUGUGUUACUGUCUGUUACCGUUUAUUUUUGUUAUCAUCACCACCAUCAGUAUCCCGGUGGUUUACAACAAAGGGAAAGGUCGGGGGUGACCGAGAACGCCUGUGUGGAUAUUCAUUUCUGGUGCUGUGUUGAAACCGAAGGUUUUAUUUUAUUUUAUUUUUUAUUAACUUAUAUUUGGUGACUAUCGCGGCGAUCCAUGAUGAAUACCCUAGAUUCGGUGGAUCGUGUCGAGUUGUGCGAGAGUCUGAUGACAUGGAUACAAACCUUUGGUGUUGAAGCAUCAUGUAAAAAAAUAGAUGAUCUCACGAAUGGGGUUGUGAUGGCUCAAGUUCUUCAAAAAAUAGAUCCUGCAUACUUUGAUGACAACUGGAUAAACAGGAUCAAAACAGAGGCUGGAGAUAAUUGGAGAUUAAAGAUCAGCAACUUGAAGAAAAUUUUAAAAGGCAUUCUUGACUACAAUCAUGAGAUUUUGGGGCAGCAGAUUAAUGACUUCACACUCCCGGAUGUUAACCUGGUUGGAGAGCACUCUGAUGCUGCUGAGCUCGGGAGAAUGCUGCAGCUCAUUUUGGGCUGUGCUGUUAACUGCGACCAGAAACAAGAGUAUAUCCAGACAAUUAUGAUGAUGGAAGAGUCUGUUCAACAUGUUGUCAUGACAGCAAUUCAAGAGCUGAUGAGCAAGGAAACUCCAGUGGCGUCAGGAAAUUACGCUUAUGUUGACCUUGAUAGACAGCUUAAGAAAACCGUAGAGGAAUUGAAUGAUGCAUUGGCCACAAAAGAAGAAAUCGCACAAAGGUGUCAUGAGCUGGAUAUGCAGGUUGCAACUCUGCAGGAGGAGAAAGGCAGCUUGUUGGCAGAAAACCAGAUCCUUAUGGAACGACUCAACCAGUCAGACUCCAUCGAAGACCCCAACAGCCCUGCUGGGAGGAGACACCUGCAGCUGCAGUCCCAGUUAGAACAGCUCCAGGAAGAAACGUUCAGAUUAGAAGCUGCUAAAGAUGAUUACAGGAUACGGUGCGAGGAGCUGGAGAAAGAAAUCGGGGAGCUGCGAGGGCAAAAUGAGGAGCUGACGUCGCUGGCAGAUGAAGCCCAGUCUCUGAAGGAUGAGAUGGAUGUCCUUAGGCAUUCUUCAGAUAAGGUAGCCAAGCUGGAGGGCAUGGUGGAUUCCUACAAAAAGAAGCUGGAGGAUCUGGGAGACCUGAGGAGACAGGUGAAGCUGCUGGAGGAGAAGAAUACUCUGUACAUGCAGAACACAGUCAGCCUGGAGGAGGAGCUGAGGAAAGCUAAUGCAGCACGCGGGCAGCUGGAAACAUACAAGAGACAGGUUGUGGAGCUCCAGAACAGGUUGUCUGAAGAGUCAAAAAAAGCAGACAAGAUGGAAUUUGAAUACAAACGGUUAAAAGAAAAAGUGGAUUCUCUACAGAAAGAAAAAGAUCGAUUGCGCACAGAGAGAGACUCCCUGAAAGAAACGAUUGAAGAGCUGCGAUGUGUACAAGCACAGGAAGGCCAACUCACAGCAGGUCUCGUUCCACUGGGCAGACAGGAUUCCACUGACUGUUUGGCUGCAGAAAUUGUUACACCUGAAUACAGAGAGAGGCUCAUUCGGCUACAGCAUGAAAACAAGAUACUGAAGCUGAAUCAGGAAGGUUCAGACAAUGAAAAGAUUGCCUUGUUACAGAGCCUAUUGGAGGAUGCCAACAGCAGAAAGAAUGAACUGGAGACUGAGAACAGAUUAGUGAACCAGAGACUGUUGGAGGUACAAUCCCAGGUAGAUGAACUUCAGAAAUCAUUACAAGAGCAGGGCUCAAAGACGGACGACUCAAUAAUUCUGAAGAAGAAAUAUGAAGAGCACUUAGAAAAGUUGCGGGAAGUACAUAGUGAGCUUCAGAAGAAAAGAGCUUAUAUUGAAGAUUUGGAGCCAAAAUACAACAACAGCUCUCAAAAAGUUGAAGAGUUAGAAGAAGCUUUACGAAAGAAAGAUGAAGAUAUGAAACAAAUGGAAGACAGAUAUAAGAAAUAUCUGGAAAAAGCUAAAAGUGUAAUCAGAACCUUGGAUCCCAAACAGAACCAGGGAUCGGCACCUGAAGUUCAGGCUCUUAAGAACCAGCUGCAGGAGAGGGAAAGGAUGCUGCAUUCAUUAGAGAAAGAAUAUGAGAAGACAAAAGGCCAGAGAGAUCAGGAAGAGAAGCUUAUUGUUUCUGCUUGGUACAAUAUGGGGAUGGCCCUCCAGAAGAAAGCUGCAGAGGACAGGCUCGCCAGCACUGGUACAGGCCAGUCGUUUCUUGCACGUCAGAGGCAGGCAACCACCGCAAGAAGGUCAUAUCCUGGGCAUGUCCAGCCAGCUACAGCCAGGUAGAGAAGCUGGAGCUUAGCCUGAGGACACAUCAGCCAUUCAAUCUGUAAUUGCACAUCAUAGCAAUUCGGGAGAAAACAUCUAAUUUUGGUGAACAUUCAGUACUGUACAGCUUCAGGAGUUUUCUGUUGCUUUGCUUAUGUUUAACUUUUAAAGUCAAUUGUAUUAUGGUUUCAUAUGCGUUUAUAUUAUGCUAUGGAUUUAAACAGAGAUGCCAACCUUUAAGAUUUAGAUGUAUUUACCAUUUCUAGAUUAAUAUAAUCGACGAGUUCCACAGAUCUCUAAGUGCUCGUAUACCUUACCAAAUGUUAUGUAGUUUAUUAGUGGUAAUCAGGGUCUGUGAAACCAGCCAAACAUGUUUAAAUAUGGUCCUUACAAAUUGGAGGCGGUGCUGUGCAGUGCAGUGAUCUGCAACAAAACAGGAGUUAAAAAACAUUCAAAAGCAAAAAAAGCUGUUAGUUUACAAAAGUGAAGCAGAAUACUUAAGACAGAUAAAGGAGGGGAAAUGAAACAUAUUGAACAAAACUGCCAAUGUUUAAAUAUAUAGAUUAAUAAAAUACAUGAAGAUAUUAAGAAACACAAAUAAACCUUCAAUAUGUAUCAUAUACUUUUGUGUCAGUAGACUGCCCCUCAAAUGACAGAUUUCAUGUUUUGACAUUCUGUGAAAAUGAAAAUGGUGCAUCUUGCUGUUUGCAAGUCAGUUUCUGUCAUGAUGGUCUCUAGGUGACAAAUCUGACCAGCUUUGAUAAAGGGUUGGUUUUGUUGACAGCUUAUUCCUUAUCAAAAAACUGCUCAAAUUACAGAUUUUUCACUGGGAACAUUCUCAAAAAAAGACUCACAACUUCCCUGAAGGAAUUAGAGGGAGUUAGCAUAAAAGAAUGGUACAUUUUAAACACCUUGCAGACUGUUAACGUUGGAUGACUUUUGCCUUUGCAGCCCAUAGUGGCUAUUCACCCUAUUGACAGCGUUAUGACAAAUGUUUCAGAUUUAUUUCUCUAACACCUUUAUACCUUUGUCAUCAGAUCAGCUAAUGCAAAUAUUUAUUUGAUUCGUCCACUGCCAUCUUACCCUAAAUCCAUAGCAGACUGUGCCACUUUACUCCUCUUUCGAGUGAAUUGCCACUAUUAGUAUUGCAUUCACCUCAAACCUACUGUGCCAACCGUCAACUAAACUUUAGUAUGUGCUGUAGGCUGCUGUUUGUUGAUAAUGGCCAAAUCCGUUUGGUUUUAAUAUUGUACCUGAAAUUAUAAUUUUAAUAUUUUACUAAUUUUAAAAUAAUAGAAACACAGUGACUGGACAAAAAAUUAAAAACACCUUGGAUAUAUAGCACACACUUUUCUGUAAAUUAGCUCUUACUCACAUGAUGACUAGCUUGUUGUGUAACUGACAUCCCUAACAUCUGUUUUGAAAUAUAUCAAUGCUGAAUCUCCAGGUCAGUUUCAGUCAUAAUGGGCUAGACAGCUGAUCUGAGUCUUGAUGGUACAGUAGACACUCGGAUAGCAGGUGCUUCCAUAUCUGAAACUGCACAAAAAUGAAUGUUUCACUGGGAAAUAUAAGUCGGCCAUUCUUGGGAACAUUUUUCAUUGCAGAUUUGCACCACCUGCAGUACAUCCCUGAAAGAAUAACAUGCUGGUAAUCAUUGAGGAAUGUUCAUGUAUCCUUUGUAUGUCAAAUCACUGUUAUCUAGGCCUCCCAUUUUGGCCCAGCACGCUAAAGACACUAAUGACAGGUCUUUCAAAUGUGUUUUUGUCCAACACCUGUACAUUUUACUAAAUUUUUUUUUUCUUCAAAAUGGAUUGUACUUAAAGGUUAAAUAACUUUGUGUCAUUUUUUUGUUUGUUCAGCUUUCCCUUACCAUUUUAUUAGGGUUACAGCCAUUCCGAGUGAUGUUGCUUGAAUAUUGAAUUUUAAGUUAAAGCAACAGACACAUUUUUUUUUACUUCCUGAUUCCAAAGACAUCACAUGAUUGGUUGAUUUUUUCACUCUUCUGGCCCCUCCUUCUGCUAUUUCAGUUGGUUCAGCAGAGUGGAAAGGUUACCGCAUUACGUGAUCUUUUUGGACUCCGUAGGCACUAAAGCAGCCUGCAAAUAAGAUUCCGCAGGCUCUGGGAAAUUAUGGUUUAAAUUCAAUUUUGGAGCAAAAUAACUCCGAACCAGUUGGAAUAAUUAUUAACUGCAUAAAAAUGUAAGGGAUAGGUGAGAAAAUAAUAAAAGUAACAUUUGAAGCUACCAACCCUUUAAUAAUUGAACAUUGAUUGUUUUAAUAACUUUUUUAUUUAUUUUCAAGCCAUGGCUGCCUAACCUUUUUAAAAGGCUUAACAGUGGAUUGUAGCUUAACCCUACCUCAACAGCUGCUUCCUGGACAGUUAAGAUCACAUU